CUUUUAAAUCUUUUACUGUAGCUGGUUGUACACAUAAAGCUCCUAUUUAAGGCUUCAAAAUUGAGAGAGAGAGAGAAGAGAGAGAUGGAUGAAAUCCAUAGUGCAGCUGAAGCCUAUUUCAAGGCUAAACCAAAGGAAAAGAAGAAAGCAAAGAAGAUGUUCAAGAAGAUUGACAAAAAUGGUGAUGGCAAAGUGAGCUAUAAAGAGUACUCUUCUUACUAUGCCAAGAAGAAGCCCAAGAAGAAACGGAAGAAGAACAAAGGCCACCCCAGACCUGAACAUUUUGCGGAGUUGGACAGAGACCAUGAUGGGUAUUUAGAUAUAGAAGAUGCAACUGUCCUCUAUUACCUUUCAGUUUCAAGGAAGGAAUGUGAUUAUUGUGGUCUUUUCAUAAAGGCUAUGCUCUAUGCUUGUGAGAAAUGCUACAAGAAGAUGGAUGAUCGCCAUUCUUACUACCUUUGUGUUCCUUGUUAUCGCAGUAGACAAUUCAAACACAAACACAAAAUCUUCUUGGAUAACCAUGUUCUACAGCAGAAAUACAAGAAGGGUUCUUCAUCAUCAGGAUGGGAAAUAGCUAAAUUGGUCUUACAAAUAUUGUCACUUGGAUUAUGUGGUGGAAGUGGCUCUUCGUGAAUGACAUUUGGUUUAAUUUGAGAAGGAAUAGUCUAAAAGAAAGCAUGAUCUAAAGCCAUGGUUCUGCUCCAAUAGAGCACUCUUGUUGAAUUGUAUAUAUCUUUUUCUAUAUGGUAGACAAUCAUUUAUUUCUGUUGUAAGUAGAACAACAAUAAUAUGAGAGUAUACUUAAUCUUGACUAAAA